AUGGCCUACUACAUCGACCAGUCGCUCUCGCCCUCAGCCGCGGCAGAGGACCAGUGGAUCAACAACUUGUUAUCCACACUGGCACCCAUGACUUCGACCAAUUCCUAUCAAUUCAACAUGGGUGUCCCCGUGGUUGAGUCCAAUUUCUCCACCACCGACUUCCCCAGCCUAUUAGAGGACAACAGCGUGUUUUCCGGCUCCUCCAGAGCCUCGACCGUUUCCACUCCUCCUAUCAAAGAAGAAGACUGGGAUCCAUAUGUGGAGUCCGACGGCCUGGACUUCAUGAACACCGUGCUGUCCAAGCUCCAGAUGAUGCAGCAGAAGAACAACUUGACGCCCAAGGCGUUGGAGUCGAUUUUCGACACCAAAGACGUGCUCAAAGAAUCCGAAUCCAGCCCUGAACAACAGCCACAGUCUGAACAGCCCCAAAGACUGAAAAGACGGUGUCCCCGCAAGAGACUCACCGAGUCUCAGAAGGAAGCUCACAACAAGGUGGAGAAGAAAUACAGAGUGAACAUCAACUCGAAGAUCAACAGCCUUCAGACGGUGAUUCCGUGGUUUGCCAGCGACAACAACAAGCAGCGGAUGGACUUGAAGGUGAACAAGCUGGUGAUUUUGGAGAAGGCGUUCGACUACAUCGUGUACCUCCAGAAGGAGAACGAGGCGAUGAGAAAGCGCCUCGAGGGACGUUAA